UUUCUUCUUCGUUCCUUUUUUCCACUCCAGCACCUACGAGGAAUAUUUCGUAUCAACCCCAACGCGGCGCGCAUUACUCCAAGAACCGCUUUGUCGGAGGCAACCAACUCGCGCCGCGCUCUCUUCUUACACAUCUCGUUAUACCCGUGUCAAAUAUACGUCGCUAAUUAAAUUUCAACACACAGUUUUCAAUUAGGUGAACCUAAAUAUUUAUCAAUACCUCGUAUCGUAAAAGUGCGAUUUUUUAAAGUUUCCGGAAAAAAAUUAAUAAUAAUCAUAUACGAAGGAGAAACGGAUUUAAAAAGUAGAAUACGGUCUGAUAAUUAAAACAAUGGAGUCCUGUGGGAUGAACGUUAUAAAAUAUAUUUUAUUUUUCUUCAAUCUCAUUUUUGCCAUAUCCGGGAUCGGAAUCAUAGCCGCUGGUGCCCUGGUUCUUUCGGACGUAGGGGAUUUCAACCACUUUUUGGAGAGUAGAAUAAUCGCGCCACCGGUUGUCCUGAUAUUCGCAGGUUGCAUUGUUUUCUUCAUCGCGUUCCUCGGAUGCUACGGAGCUAUCAAAGAAAAUUACACGAUGCUGAUUGUGUUUGCCGGUGCUCUGGUAAUAAUAUUCACCAUAGAAUUAGCCGUGGGAAUUACGGCUGCCGUUUUCAAGACCGAUUUUAGCAACGGGAUGAAAGGAACUCUGAAAUCGACUAUGAUGAAUUAUACCGAGGCCGAUAAGGUGGCUUGGGAUAACGUUCAGAGGAAGUUGGAAUGUUGCGGGGUCGACGGUCCCGAAGAUUGGGAAACGGCGAAGGUGAUCGAAAGCGGAACCCUGCCGACGUCUUGUUGCGAAAUGACCGAUACCAAUUCGAAGUGCAUAAUGAACGGCGGCAUAAAAGUUCACACCAAGGGUUGUUACGAAGAGUUGGAAAUGCGCGUACGAAACGGAGCUACGAUAUUGAUCGGUGUUGGAAUAGGAAUCGCAUUUGUCGAGAUCGCGGGGGUCGUUUUAGCUUGCUGUUUAGCGAGUGCGAUAAAACGGGAGGGUGACAAGUGAAUUAGUAAUCAUCGAUCCGAUCGAUGAUUAUUCGAUUCGAGAGAGGAACGUUGAGAUAAAUAAAA